AUGACCGAAAAAUCAAGUAAAUUAUUCGCCAAAGCCCGCGGUACCCAGGAUAUUUUGCCAGUUCAGGCAUUUUUUUACCAACAAAUUCAACAAAUCACCAAAAAUAUUCUCAAUAAGGCUGGUUAUCAACCAGUUAUUUUACCCACUUAUGAAUAUCGAGAACUAUUUACCAUUUCCGUCGGUGAAACCACCGAUAUUGUCCAAAAGGAAAUGUUUAUUUUUUCGGACCGCAAAGGGCGACAACUAGCCUUGCGUCCCGAGGGAACAGCAAGCGUUGUACAAAAAUAUAAAGCAAUAUUGAAAGAGUACUUAACGAAUAAAGAACUUUGUGUUGAUUGCCAAAAGCGUUAUCAACUUAACCCUUUGCGAAUUUUAGAUUCAAUUAAGCAUUUUUAUAAUGAACAUUUGGUCCGUGGGUUGGAUUAUUAUACUGGAAUAGUUUUUGAACUCUCAUUAACUGAUGAUAAACAAGUUAUUUUAGGAGGAGGCAGGUAUGACCAACUUUUUCAGCAACUGGGAAUGAUUGAUUCACCAGCCGCCGGAUUUGCUUUGGGUGUCGACCGUCUAGUCAAUUAUUUGUCUUUUUUAGAAAAACAGCACGAAGUCAAAAGAGUUAAAAACAUUUUCAAAAAUAUUAAUUACUAUUCUCCUCGUUUGGCUGUCAUUGUUGGCAAAAAAGAAUUAGAGAAAGGGAAAAUAUUGAUAAGAGAUUGCCAAGAAAAAAAAGAAUUCAUAAUUGAGCAAGAAAAAUUAGUUGAUUGA